AGGAGUUUCUCCGAGGAAGCUGAACUUUCCUUGCCAUGGAGGAGCGGUCGUCGCUUUCCGAGGUUGUUCGACAGCCGCUGCCUGAGGAAUAUGACGGCUCUGAAGGCAGUACUUCGACGGAGAGCGGCGGUUCGCGUUCUGCGUCUCUAUCCGGGAGCUCCGAUGACCUCGAACCUGAAUGGUUGGAUAGUGUACAAAAAAAUGGAGAGUUGUUCUAUCUAGAAUUGAGUGAAGAUGAGGAAGAAACCGUCCUUCGUGACAGCUCUCUAGAUGUGCCUGUGGUCAACCGUGUCAGGUUUUGUGAAAAUGAAGCUGAGGUUAUUUAUGAGGGAUCUCAAAAAGAUCGAAAGAGCGAACGCAGAUUGGAAAGGUUCGCUAAAAUUUUAAAAAAUAAAAAACUUUUAUUGAAGCAUUUGGGUAAGAAGAAAGCAAGUAGUAAAUGUGAUGUCCAUGCCUCUGGUCCAGCAUCCAUAUUGAAACACCCUUCCAGUCAGAAGAUGGGAGAUGUAGUCCAGCAGCGAUACAAAGAAGUCUGCAUUUAUGUAAAUCCGAAGAGGCUGUCAAAUGUUGAGACAGGGGAGCAACUCAAGCUUCUGGAGUCAUUAAUAGGGAUUGCCCAUCAAUCUCCAUGGAGAAAAGCUGAAAAACAGAGACACAGUAUUGAGUCUCGAAGCACUGAUGAAGAGAAACUUGUAGUGCAUGGUUUGAUUCCAGGCAGCUCAGCAAUAAAAUCUGGUCAGAUCUUGAUUGGAGAUGUCCUUGUUGCAGUAAAUGAUGUUGAUGUAAAUUCUGAAAAUAUAGAAAGGGUUUUGUCUUGCAUUCCAAGUCCUAUGCAGGUGAAGCUUACAUUUGAAACAUCACUGUUUGAGCCAACAGAAACACCUCAACAAAAGUGUAAGCAGACAGAACAUUGUAUGAAUAACCUGCUCAAAUUGCUAUGGGAAGACCAUAACAAUGACCCACAAUUCUCUAUCCAAAGUAUUCCACAUAUUAUUAUGUACCUGUCACUCAAAUUGGAUUCUGAUUCAUCUAAGGAUGAGCAAGAAAUUAUUUACCAAUACCCCACAUCAGAAGCUUCCCAAAAAAUGAAAAGCGUAAGAGGAAUAUUUCUCACACUGUGUGACAUAUUGGAAAACAUGACAGGAGCUCAUAUCAUCAGUUCAUCAAUGUUUUUAUGUGGAAAACUGAUCCAUGUGGCUUACUGGAAGGAAUCUGACAAACUCCUUGUAAUUGGCCUCCCAGCUGAAAGGGUGCCUCUCUCUCAGCUGAGGAACAUGACUGCAGAUGUUGUCCGAACUUUGACAUUCAUGUACAGCUCUCUGGACAGUGCUUUUUGUCAAGUUGGAAACGUUUCUCGGUUGGAUCACUUUUUCAGCCUGUUCUUCCAGCAAGCCCUUCAGCCAGCUAGGUUCAACUCAAGUGCCAGCCCAAGUUCCCAACACUAUGAUAACUGCAGUGCAUUACUUUUAUACAACUUUCCAGGAGUGCAACAGCUCUUGCUGCCACAGGAAAUCAAGGUAGAAAUUGAUACAGCUCUCAGUGAUUUGGAGGCAGCAGACUUUGCAGAACUAUCUGAAGAUUACUACGACAUGAGGCGACUGUAUACAAUUUUGGGCUCAUGUCUCUUCUACAAGGGAUAUCUAAUUAGUAGUCACUUGCCAAAGGAGGAUCUCAUUGAUAUUGCAUUAUAUAGCAGGCAUUAUUGCCUCUUGCCCUUGGCAGCCAAACAACGAAUUGGUCAGUUAGUAAUAUGGCGAGAAGUGUUUCCACAAUAUCAUCUUCAGGAAUGUAAAACAUCUUGUGACGGAUACAGAGAACCCAAAGCAAGAUACUUUUUGCUCAUUGUUGGUUUGAGACACUUUAUGUUGAGUGUCUUGCUAGAAGCAGGAGGCUGUUCUUCCAGAGCUACUGGAAAUCCAGGGCCAGACUGCAUAUAUGUGGAUCAGGUCAAAGCAACUAUCCUUCAGUUGGACGGUAUCGAUCUCAGCCUAGAUGAGAGACUAGAAUCGCCCUCGACUCCACUGGUGUCCUGUGUAGACUGGUUCCUCCCUUCAUCACAUGACAAACUGGAGAGCUUGGCCAACUUGUCUCUUCUCAACAAACUGCAUCAUACACCAAACGCCAUAACUUCUCCAGCUAGUAAAAAAGUGGCUUUUAGCAAUUCUUCCUUAAGGACACGUAGGUGUAGUCCCUUAAGGAAUAGUGGGGGUUCUGACAACAGUAGUGAUGGUCCUGAAGGAGGAAGUGGGAACUUUAAUCCAUAUCCUACACAAUCCAAAGCUCCUGGUGGGUUUGAUGGAAGCAAUACUCCCUUGAAGAUCACUAAAAAGAAGAAUAUUCUUCCAAACCCAUUUAAUUUAGGAACCCUGAAAAAGAAUCUUUCAGAUAAGGAAGCCGAACUAUAUAAUGUUAUGAAGCUGACAUCUGGUCCUGAGAACACCCUCUUCCACUAUAUUUCUCUAGAGACAAUGCAUGGAAUUUUUAUCACACCAACGCAUGCUGAAGUAGCACAGCUUAGUGGAACAAUCCAUCCCCAGCUCAUCAAGAAUUUCUAUCGCUGUUGUCUUUCCAUCCGUUCCAUUUUCCAGCAAACCAUGAUGAGAGAAAUUAAAAAGAGCGGGAGUAGUUCAGAAUCCAGAAAAGUAAAUUCUGGCCUACAUCAAGUGAAAGAACAUGGUGUGUUGUUUGAAUGUUCUCCUGCCAAUUGGACUGACCAAAAGAAACCCCCACCAACUAUAAUGUAUUGGGUUGUAGGGAGAUGCUUCCUAGAUCCAAAGCCUCGGGAGUUUUAUGUCUGUUUCCAUGACUCAGUCACAGAGGUUGCUGUUGAAAUGGCUUUUAAGCUAUCCUUUGGCUUAGCUCUGUAAAUGUGCUUAGCUAUGCAGCCGUCAUAAACAGAGCCGUAAUUUCCCAAUGCACUUAAGGCACACAAAUAUGAAUGAAAUUAUGGUUUUGUCCUGGGUGCUAUUUGAAGUGUCCCUCUAGAAUAACUUCAUUGAUAGAAUAACUUUUCAAACAUUUACAUGUGGGUGUCAUCAGCUGUACCUGACAAAAGACUGACUUUUCAAAAUACUUUUUAAAAAAUCAAAGUGAGUUGUGAUUAUUUAUCCUCACUACAUAGUGACAAACUUUACACAGCAGGGUAUGUAACAUGGACCAUAGGUACUCUUGUAUUUUUCUCAGAACUGAAGGAAACAAGCUAUAAUAUGUGGUUUCCCCCACUGAUCAUGCAAAGCCAGCCGGUGCAUAGCUUGUUACCAACAAUGGGUUGCCAUGUUGUGUGAAUGUGUCCUAUGUGACAUGUUUGGAAUUCUGUUAAUAAAUGCUCAGUGGAGAACAAAAGCUUUGAAUUUUUUCUAACGUUACCUUGCGGAGUAAAAAGAGGAGGACUACCUUACUUUAAAGGGCUAUAAUAUUUUGUAAUACAAAAGAAUGUUAUAUAUAAUUAUGUAAAAUAAAAAUAAUUGUUAUAAUUACUUGUUAUAAAGUAAAAUUGAUAUUUUGCAGAUACUCUGGCAAAGCAUAAGAAGGAAAUUAACAUUUAGUUUCAGAAAACUUUGUAUAAACUAUUUUUGUAUGAUUUUUACAAUAAAGGCAUAUAUUUGUAAAUUAAUAA